AUGGUGGUACAAAACACUGGAAUCUGCCCGUUGACUUUUCGACUUCGCGUAAUCGACGCGCUCCGAGGGAAUAUUCCGCGAACAAGCGCGCCGGAGAAAUCACCGGAGAAACCGGGGAAAAGGAAAACGAGGGGAAAGAUCAACGACGAGAAAAGAAGGAGUACACCGAGAAUGCCGGAACUGAGGAACGUUCUGGGACGAGACGAGGAACAAGCGAUAUUUGGCGGGGGAUUGGAACGAUCGGUGGAUCGAUGCUUUUCAUUUUCGAAUCUCGACGAGAAUAUGCAGCUACCGGUGCCGGAAAAGAAAAAGAUGGAAUUCGGUAUACAUUUCCAUCGACCGAGCAUGGACGAUGAUUCCACGAAAGAAAAAGACGCGGGAACGGCUACGAAAGGGAAAAAGAAGAGAAGGGAACCGUCGAAAAGGGAUGAUUCUGAGAAAUUGAACUACUGCUACGUGUUGGUGUUGGAAUUAACUUUGGGCAGCUCGGUGUUCGUGCAGGACUUUGUAAUAAUAUGUUCGUUGAAAUAG